CAAGACUUUGUGGGACUUCAGCCGGGACUGUGAGACCUGACAGAGCAAAGGACGGGCAGCACCUUGUAGACCCCAUCAAAUCACAGCCAUGAGAGGGACCCGCAAAUACAGGCACAUCAUUGACACUCCAGACCCUGGGAAAUGGGAGCUGGCUGGCUACGAGGAAUCUCUGCCCAUCAGUGAAAAGUCCAAUCCUAUUACCAGAGAAAUGGACAAAGCUGACCCAAACACACUGGUCCAGUUACUCCGAGACUGCGAUGCUGAGAUCUUCCAGGAGGAAGAUGAGACCAUCAUUAACUACCAGAGACUAUACAGCGAGUCCAUCCUGAAGACAGUGGCAGACAUUGCUAAGAAGGUGCAGCAGAUCAUAGAGAAUCCAGCAGACGGCCUCAUAGUUCUUAGUGGAUGCGGCACGUCUGGGCGGUUGGCGUUACUGCUUGCGAAUUCCUUCAACCGUCUGAUGAAAGGACUCCACCAGAUCCCGUGUUAUACCUACAUAAUAGCAGGAGGGGACAGAUCUGUUGUGACAGCGCAGGAAGCACCUGAGGACAACCCUGCCCGUGGACAGGAGGAACUGCAGAGAGUGUGUGAAGGAAAGAAGAAGGUCGUGUUUAUCGGGAUCUCCUGCAGUCUGUCUGCUCCGUUCAUCGCAGGUCAGCUGGACUUUUGCAUGAAGAACCUGGAUGUGUUCCUGCCAGUCCUUGUAGGGUUUAAUCCAGUCUCCAUGGCCAGGAAUGACAAGAUUGAAGGCUGGAACUCCACAUUCAGGCAGGUGGCAGAGCAGAUGCAGAACCUCCAGGAUUCUCAGAGGGCAUUCAUACUGAAUCCGGCAGUGGGGCCUGAAGGUCUCUGUGGUUCCUCGCGCAUGAAGGGUGGAAGUGCAACCAAGAUCCUUCUGGAAACCCUGUUUCUGGUGUCGCACAAGGCCAGCUCUAAAGUAGAGGUGACAGAGAAGUGUCUGCUGGAAAUUCUCAGGACGUACGAGAGAGCACACAAGGUGACCUACUCCCAAAGCAAGAAGAUUGCUGCGCUUGUCAAGCAAUCAGCUACAAGUCUCCAGAAGAAGGGGCACCUGUACCUCUUGGGCUGGGGGACGCUGGGACUGGUGGGGAUCAUGGACGCCGUGGAAUGUGCUCCCUCCUAUAACGCAGACUGGCGAGACGUGCGGGGCUUCAUUAAUGGAGGAUACCACACUCUGGAGAACCAGGAGGGGGAGCUGACAUCGCUGGGCCCACAAUUCACCAUCUCACAUGAAGAUUUUGUGAAGAGCGUCCUCCCGUCAGUGUCGGAGACAGACACCAUUGUCUUCCUGUUCACUAUGGAUGAUGAAGUCACUGAGGUGGAGAAACUGGUGGAAUUAGUGAAGGAGAAGACAUCAAACAUCCAUGCCAUAUGCCACGCCACCGCAGGACAGUACCUGCCGAACUCAACCAAGAAGAUGAUUCCGAACCCCAUCGUCAUCACGUGGCCCAUCCUCUUCCUGGAGUAUGAGGGAGCCUUCAUCCAGAAGUUCCAGCGGGAGCUGAGCAGUAAGUGGAUCCUGGACACGGUGACCAGCGGAGCUCACGUUCUUAAAGGGAAGAUUUACCGAAACUAUAUUGUGGAUUUUAGAAUCUGCAAUUCCAAGCACUUCCAGAGGGCUGUGUCGGUGCUGCAGCGGCUGAGCGGGCACCCCCAGACCCACUGCACAGAGACCCUGCUUCAGUCUAUCUACGGGGAACAGACCGAGCAGAUGAGGAACACAGAGAUUUCACAGCACAUCAGAGCCGCAACGUCCAGGGACAAGGUGCUGCCGGCAGCCAUUGUGAGUUUGCUGCGUAACUGCCCGGUGGCGGAGGCCAGGACACGUCUCGAGUCAUCCGAGAGUAUCCGGGCGGCCAUUGAAUCUUCUCUCAAUGUUCCGGGAAGGAAACGAGUGGCGGAGAGCACAGAGUCAGCAGGACGCAGCCGAUAGACAUCCCAGAGUCAGCGCUGGUUGACAGGACGUCUCCGGAAUAAUUCUGUAUAUUUCCAGAUUUUUGUAUCUUUAUUAAAACUGAAAUUGUAAACAAA